AUGGAAUUGGUGAUGAUGACGAUGACGAUGAUGAUGUGCAAAGAAGGAGAAGAGAAUGAAGAGAGAAAUUACUUUGCACCUGUCUUGAGUGUUAUUCUCCAAUUGCAUCACUUAAAUGAAAAACAUCUGAUUAAAGGUUGCACUUUCGUCUCAAAUUUCGUCGCAGAUCUUGUUAAUUCUUGUUCUCUGCUUCAUUCCUUAAUGUCAAGUAAAGUGACGUUGUCGCUUAAUCGCGUCUCGAAAAGUAAGCACUGCUUCGUUAACUUCAUAAAAUGCUCAGCCGCGAAAGGUUUUAACACCUGGUUUUAUUAUGCUUUUGCAAUUUUCUGCGUCAUUAUAGUAAUUUGUGCAAUUGCAGUGCAUUUUCGCGAGAACACCGCAAAAUAA